AUAGCUCUGCACCAAAAGCAAAACAUUCGAAAGUGAAAAAAACCCAAACGCUGAUUUGGCCUUCACUGUAGCUCUCACCUGUUCCCACUCCCUCAUACCUUUUGCCAGUACCCAGAAAAAGAGUGACCCCACCGCUGCCACCAUUGCCACCCAAUUUAAAAGCUUCUUUUCCCUCUUCACCUUCCUUAGCCCACCACCCCAAAGGAAUAAAUUAACAUAUCCAUCCUCUUUUUCAUCUCCAUGAACUUCACUUUCAUUAUCUGCUUCUUCAAUUUUGCUGUAAUAAUUUGCAGCUCUUUCUAGUACUUUACUCAAGUAUGCCUGAUCAUCUCUCACCUCAUCCAGAAUCUCCAUCCCCACCCACAAAGCCACUCAAGCCAAAUUCUAAUGACCAAAUCGCAGGAUCAAUACAAUCCAGAAACCAAAGUUGUGUGGAAUUAGAAUCACCAAAUUUUGCCACAAAACAGUAUAGUAGACAACCAACAACACUGAGGCAUCCAAGAGUUCGACGAACGAACCCAGUAGUAUGGUUUGCUGCAGUUUUGUGCCUCAUAUUCAGCGUCAUCCUCAUCGUCUUUGGAAUCGCAACGCUGAUCAUCUUCCUCACCGUUAAACCGCGAAACCCUAUUUUCGACAUCCCCAAUGCGAGCCUCAAAGUCGUGUACUUCGACUCUCCACAGUAUCUGAACGGAGAUUUUGUCCUGCUCGCGAAUUUCACGAAUCCUAAUAGGAAAAUCGACGUGAGAUUUGAAUCUGGCGACAUUGAGCUUUUCUUCGCAGACAGAGUCAUAUCCAGUCAGGCGAUUCAGCCGUUCACGCAGAGGCGAAGGCAAACCAGGUUGCAACCGAUUCACUUCAUCUCAAGCUUGGUGUUUCUGCCUGAGGAUCUAGGGAUAAAGCUUCAAAGGCAGGUUCAGAGCAACAGGGUGAACUGCAACGUGAGGGCAACCUUUAAAGUAAGAGCCAUUGUUGGUUUCAUCCAUUUGUCUUUCCGGAUCCAUAGCACUUGCCAGAUCGAGAUGACUGGUCCACCGACUGGAGUUCUAAUAACCAGAAUAUGCAUAACAAAGCGAUGAAGAUGAUUUUUGUCUGUAAAAAUCUGCUGCUUUCUUGUAAGUUUCUAAUGUGGAUUUAGAAUUUUAGACAUAGAAGAGAAAUGAUAGAUCCUGGAUAUACUGUUAAAUGUGAAAUUUAAUACGAGUGUGUGGAAGAAUGAUUCAGUCAA